GUUAGCUCGGCGCUUUGGGGGGUUGGGGGGCUCUAUCACAUCUGUCUCGGUAAACGUGAAGUGUUUGAGUUCUCAGAGAUUUCACAACACCAAGAGGCGGAGCUCAGGAGGAAAUCUAAUCCUUCUGCUGUAGGACAUUGCGACAAACUGGCGAAGCCCCAGAAAAAGUCCAGGGUGCGGAACUUCUCACUUCUCUCUUGAGCUUUAGUGGAUCUCUGCAGCUCCUGGAGUUCAGAUACAGUUUAAGUGAAAAUGGAAAGUGAAAAGGUUAAACGGCAUUCGGGCAGAAACCGAAGGAAAUGGUGUCUAAUAGGAUUCGCUGUGCUCCUAAUUGUGGUUGUGGUCAUCGCGAUUAUUUGCGGAGUAACUGCACAAAACAAAUUGCACAGUUUCAGGAAAGUCGUGAUGGAAAGGUGUGAAGAAUACCUGCAGAAAAACAGUCACGUGACCAGGAACAAUGACUGCAAGAUUAUCUGGGCUGCUUUUGAGCAGGCCUACAUUGGAAAAGAUUCAUGUGAUGUUUCUCCUGAGGCGUAUGAUCCUUUAAUACGUUCAGUCAAACAGGAUGCUGUCUGUAAUAGUAUGCUCUUCUGGAGCAAAACCAAACAGAUGGCACAUGCAUUUACUGCCAAAAGAAAUUGCCUGGCUACUCUAGAGGAUACGUUGCUUGGAUUUAUGUUUGAUGACCUGACCUGGUGCAGCAAAAACAAAAGCAAAGAAACCUUCACAACCGGUUGUCCAGGUUGGUCAGAUUGUCAAAACAACCCAGUUCGAUCUUUCUGGCUGAAGGCUUCCAUUAAUUUUGCUGCCACUGCUUGUGGGAAUGUGUCUGUGAUGUUAAAUGGAUCCUUGGAAACCCCCUUCAGCAACUCAAGUAUAUUUGGAAGUGUGGAAGUGAAGAAUUUGGAUCCUAAUAAAGUAAAGGGUUUGACUGUACUGCUUGUCACCAAGGACACAGAUGUGACCACAUGCCGACAUCCCUCAUUUCAAAAUCUACAAACCAGUUUGAAUCCAAAUUUUUCUUACAACUGCAGAGAAGUUCCUUAUUCCAGAGUUGAAGGCUGUAUUUCUGAUCCAGAGAUUCCGUGCCGCAGCUGCCUAAAAGAACGCUGAGACCCCGGCGCUCGUGUGUAAUCUUCACUCUGUACAUUUCCUGAAUUGAAAUAGUGAAACACCCAGUUUCUGUAGUACCUCGAUUAAUCGUGAUUGCUGUAGAUGUUAUGUUGCUACUGUUUACUGACAUAAAGACGAGACUACAUUAAGACUGUGAUUUAACUUUAAAUUGUUUUGCGUUAGCAGGACAUUUAGAUUCUGUUAAACCUUGUGUAACAAAUACUUACUUCAAGUUCAUGUACAUGUCAAUUUUAAAUAAACAUUUUUUCUACCAUUCAUUUUA